AUGGCCACAGUCAGUGCAAACGGAGUGCUGCGGGAGAAUGGAUUCAGCACCACGGACAGCGGCGGCAGGAUGAACGGGCUCGGCCUCGGUAGUCAGAACACCAUCCCCAUGAAGGACCACGACGCCAUCAAGCUCUUCAUCGGCCAGAUCCCACGCAACCUGGAGGAGAAGGACCUCAAACCGCUCUUUGAGGAAUUCGGCAAGAUUUACGAACUCACGGUACUGAAAGACAGGUUUACCGGGAUGCAUAAAGGAUGUGCCUUUCUUACAUACUGUGCCAGAGAGUCAGCACUGAAAGCCCAGAGCGCCCUCCAUGAACAGAAGACUCUGCCAGGGAUGAAUCGUCCCAUCCAGGUGAAGCCAGCAGACAGCGAAGGACGGGGAGAAGACAGGAAGCUGUUUGUGGGGAUGCUCGGCAAGCAACAGAGCGAGGAUGACGUCCGGCGGCUCUUCGAGACCUUUGGCCAAAUCGAGGAGUGCACCGUCCUGCGGGGUCCUGAUGGGGCCAGUAAGGGCUGUGCUUUUGUCAAAUUCUCCAGCCACGGAGAAGCACAGGCUGCCAUCAACAGCUUGCAUGGUGGACAGACCAUGCCUGGCGCCUCGUCCAGCUUGGUGGUCAAAUUCGCAGACACCGACAAGGAGCGGACUUUGCGCCGGAUGCACCAGAUGGCGGGUCAGCUCGGCAUCUUCAGUCCCAUGACUAUCCAGUUUGGGGCCUAUGGCGCCUACUCUCAUGCUCAGAUGAUGCAACAGCAAGCAGCCCUGAUGGCGGCAACACAAGGGUCCUACCUGAACCCCAUGGCGGCCAUUGCUGCCGCGCAAAUGCAGCAAAUGGCGGCGUUCAAUGUCAACGGCCUGGUGGCGACUCCGAUGACACCAUCUUCAGGCACCAGCACACCCCCAGGCAUCACUGCAACCGUCCCCAGCAUAGCCACGCCCAUCGGGGUCAACGGCUUUAGUGCCCUCGCGCCACAAACCAACGGGCAGCCCACGUCCGAGCCAAUUUACAGUAACGGCAUUCACCCUUACCCAGCACAGAGUCCGACAGUGACCGACCCUCUCCAGCAGGCUUACGCCGGCGUCCAACACUACGCAGCAGCCUACCCUGCCGCCUAUGCGCCAAUCAGCCAAGCAUUCCCCCAGCAGCCGACCAUCAUUCCCCAGCAACAGCGGGAAGGGCCGGAGGGCUGCAACCUGUUUAUUUAUCACCUGCCCCAGGAAUUUGGUGACGCGGAGCUCAUGCAAAUGUUUCUCCCUUUUGGCAAUGUCAUCUCGGCGAAAGUCUUUGUGGACAGAGCGACCAAUCAGAGCAAAUGUUUCGGUGAGUUCAAAAUCAACAGUGGGAUGUGAUGUGGGUAGGGGAGCAGUUUGGAAUUAUGUGCUUGGGUUUUGAAAUCUUCUCAUGCCCCUCGCUGCUUUCAUGCAAUUAGCAUUUGCCUUUUAUUUUCUUAAUUCCCACUGUCUAUCCUAAUCAAGCUUCAAUUAACAUUUGAAAGGUAGUUUAAAGGGAGUGUUUAAAGCCAUUGAGCGGGGGGUGGCUUCGUUGUCAAUCCACCCAAUCGGAGAAAGUUACAAUGAGUAGACCUAAUUACAUUUGCUUUGACAUCAUAGUAGACGUCACGGUAGAGUUCUGGGUGUCCUAGCUGGGCCUCCAAUAUUAUAGAUUAGUGUAAUGUAUGUUUUUUGAUCAUUAAUUGUCUAGAAGUUGUCGAUUUGUUGUUAGUCGCUGUGGAAAUGAAGCUACAGUGACUCUCCAAAUGUGGCAUUAGUACCAUUAGUGGCAGCUCCCUCUGGUGGUAUGCGAAAGAAUCACUGCUUAAGUACCGAUCACUUGUAUUUAACUUUUUUGGUACGUAUUUAAUUUGUUUGUUUUUAUUUCUGUAUGCAAUGCAAUAUAUCUUUUUAUUUGAACAUUUCGGUCAUUUUUUCUUGUUGUAUAUUUAAGUGUACCGUUUAAACUGCAUAAUAUUUGACUGUCUUACAAUU